AUGAGCGGUUCCUCUCUACCUUACAUUGGAAGCAAGAUCUCCCUCGUGUCAAACGCGGGCAUCCGCUACGAGGGUAUCCUCUACACCAUCAACACCGAGGAGUCCACUAUUGCCCUCCAGAACGUGAAGUCCUUCGGUACUGAGGGUCGCAAGACUCCCGACAUUCCCGCCAGUGACGAGGUCUACGAUUUUAUCAUUUUCCGUGGCUCUGAUAUCAAGGACUUGACCGUCCUAGAAGGUGCCAGCCAGAGGUCUGGUGUCCUCUCUGAUCCCGCCAUCGUGAGCAUGCAGAAGAACGCCCCUACUGUCGCUACUAACGGUAUGCAGCGUCAACGUGGCUACUACAACAACAACCGUGGUGGUUACGGUAAGGGUUAUGGUAAGGGUUACAACAACUACGGUGGUAAGGGUUAUGGCAAGGGCUACAACUACGGCUAUCGUAAUAGACAUCAGAACAGGAACAGAAGGUCCGGUCCCUCUGGCCCUGUCGGUGAGCUUGUCCCCAAACGAGAACCCUGA